UGCAACUUUUGUGAUUUCAGUCUGAACUUGUGUACCAAGUUGCCAAGUUGCCAACCAACCAACCACCACCACCACGACCUUCGAUUCUCUGGUUUUCCACUUCCUCCUCCUCUUCUCGCUCUUCUGAAUAUUUAGGAGUAAAUAAUUGUCCAAGUCUGUCCUGAGUUGCGAACAUGGCUGAGUCUGUGGAGCUCCCGAGUCGUCUCGGCAUCCUUCCCUUCCGUAACAAGGUCCUCUUACCUGGCGCCAUCAUUCGAAUUCGAUGUACUUCACCCAGCAGUGUGAAAUUGGUGGAGCAAGAGCUGUGGCAGCGGGAAGAGAAGGGACUAAUUGGCAUUCUUCCAGUUCGUGAUACUGCCGAGACGACAACAGCAAUAGGCCCUGUGGUAUCUCAAGGUAUAGGAAGUGAUUCUGGUGAGAGAAGCUCAAGAGUUCACGUUGGUGCAUCUGAUUCUCACAGGCUUGAUGCCAAAAAUCAGCAGGAAAAUAUUCAUUGGCAUAACAGGGGAGUUGCAGCUCGGGCUUUACAUUUGUCAAGAGGAGUGGAGAAGCCAAGUGGGAGAGUCACAUACAUAAUCGUCCUUGAAGGUUUGUGCAGAUUCAGUGUCCAAGAACUUAGCACCAGAGGAACUUAUUAUACUGCACGGAUAUCACCUCUUGAAAUGACAAAAGCUAAGAUGGAGCAAGUGGAGCAAGAUCCAGAUUUCAUGACAUUGUCUCGUCAAUUCAAAGCAGCUGCCACGGAGUUGAUUUCUGUUCUUGAGCAGAAACAAAAAACAGGAGGAAAGACAAAAGUUCUUUUGGAGACAGUACCUGUUCACAAAUUGGCAGAUAUCUUUGUUGCCAGCUUUGAGAUAAGUUUUGAAGAGCAACUAUCUAUGUUGGAUUCAGUUGACCUGAAAGUAAGGCUUUCAAAAGCUACUGAAUUAGUUGAUAGGCAUUUACAGUCAAUACGCGUGGCAGAGAAGAUAACACAGAAGGUUGAGGGACAGCUAUCGAAAUCACAGAAAGAAUUCCUUUUGCGUCAGCAGAUGAGAGCUAUAAAAGAGGAGCUGGGUGACAAUGAUGAUGAUGAGGAUGACGUGGCUGCCUUGGAGAGGAAGAUGCAAAGUGCAGGAUUGCCUUCAAAUAUCUGGAAGCAUGCACAGAGGGAGUUAAGAAUGCUUAAAAAGAUGCAACCUCUGCAACCUGGAUAUAAUAGUUCAAGGGUUUACUUGGAGCUUCUCGCUGAUCUGCCCUGGCAGAAGACCAGUGAAGAACAUGAGUUGGAUCUGAAAGCUGCAAAACAACAUCUUGAUAGUGACCACUAUGGUUUAGUCAAGGUCAAGCAACGGAUUAUUGAAUAUCUAGCUGUUCGCAAGCUAAAACCAGAUGCAAGAGGUCCAGUGUUGUGCUUCGUUGGCCCACCAGGAGUUGGCAAAACAUCUUUGGCUUCAUCUAUUGCUACUGCUUUGGGCAGAAAAUUUGUACGCAUAUCCCUUGGUGGUGUUAAGGAUGAGGCUGAUAUUAGAGGGCACAGGAGAACAUACAUUGGUAGCAUGCCAGGGCGUCUUAUUGAGGGUUUAAAGAGAGUAGCUGUUUGUAAUCCAGUCAUGCUACUGGAUGAGAUUGACAAAACAGGGUCUGAUGUGCGUGGGGAUCCGGCUUCAGCUCUACUGGAGGUUCUUGAUCCGGAACAAAACAAAACAUUCAAUGAUCACUAUUUAAAUGUUCCAUUUGACCUUUCAAAGGUGGUUUUUGUGGCAACUGCAAAUAGGCUGCAGCCUAUACCUCCACCACUCUUAGACAGGAUGGAAGUCAUUGAGUUGCCUGGGUAUACACCUGAAGAAAAGCUUAAAAUAGCCACGAGACAUUUAAUUCCAAGAGUUCUGGAUCAGCAUGGGUUGAGUUCUGAGUUCCUUCAAAUUCCAGAGGCUAUGGUGAAACUUGUCAUUCAGCGAUAUACCAGAGAGGCUGGUGUUAGAAAUCUGGAAAGGAAUUUGGCUGCCUUGGCUCGUGCAGCAGCAGUGAGAGUUGCAGAGCAGGAACAAGCUGUCCCAUUAAGCAAAGAUGUGCACCAGCUUGCUUCACCACUGCUUGAAAACAGACUUGCUGAAGGAGGUGAAGUGGAAAUGGAGAUCAUUCCAAUGGCUGUAAAUAAUCAUGAGAUAUCAAAUGAAUUUAGGAUUGCGUCACCCUUGGUUGUGGAUGAGGCUAUGUUGGAAAAAGUAUUGGGGCCUCCAAGGUUCGAUGAUAGAGAAGCAGCUGAACGGGUUGCAACUCCUGGGGUGUCUGUUGGGCUUGUUUGGACUGCUUUUGGUGGAGAGGUCCAGUUUGUAGAGGCAACAGCUAUGGUGGGAAAGGGCGACAUGCAUCUCACAGGGCAACUUGGUGAUGUUAUAAAGGAAUCAGCACAAAUAGCAUUAACAUGGGUAAGAACCAGGGCAAUGGAUCUUAAAUUAGCAGCUUCUGAGGGAAUUAAUCUCCUGGAGGGCCGGGACAUUCAUAUACAUUUUCCUGCCGGGGCUGUGCCCAAGGAUGGACCCUCAGCAGGUGUGACUCUGGUAACAGCGCUGGUUUCACUAUUCAGUCAGAAAAGAGUGAGAGCAGAUACGGCAAUGACUGGAGAGAUGACUUUAAGGGGUCUUGUGCUACCUGUUGGUGGUGUCAAGGAUAAGAUUUUGGCAGCACACCGUUGUGGUAUCAAGAGAGUUAUCCUGCCACAGAGAAAUUUGAAAGACUUGGUUGAAGUGCCAGCAGCUGUUCUUGCCGAUCUGGAGAUACUACUCGCUAAGCGAAUGGAAGACGUAUUGGAGCAGGCUUUUGAAGGUGGGUGCCCUUGGAGACAACACUCAAAGUUAUGACAGGAUCCUCUAGGCAUGUUAUGGGAAAAAGUAUCUGGUGAUGAAACGUCUGUGCUCUUACCCCAUCUUUAAAUACAAGAUUACCCUCUUGUCCUUUGGCAAUUGGAGACCCGGAAAAUUGACUCCAAUUGGUCAUGGUCUCGCAGAAUAGAGUUCUAACUUGAUGUGUUGGGACUCAAUGAUCCUUGUUCCCUUCAGGGGGCUUUGGAUGGAAUAAUUCCAAUGUAUAACUCUCUCUCCCAAUUCGUCUGAAUUGUUGAGGGUGAGCAGCUGCUUUUUUUUUUUUCUUUUUUUUUUGCUUCUUUUCUCUCUUUUCCCUGCUGUAAUCAUAAAUUGAUUCCUUACUGUGUAUAAAUAUAAUUUAUUUAAGCAAGGGAGUAAUUUCUAUC